AUGCACCAACGCGUUGACUGCGUCCCGCCUGCACUUGCAGUGACGGGUAAAGGUCUCUUAGAAGGUACCCUCCAGAGCAAGUUCGUCGACGUCGCACCAACCACCACUGCCGCUUCUGCUCAUGGAGGCUCUGCUGCUGCUGCUGCUGAAAGGCGCUCGCCGACACGAAAACAGCCUCUUGUGGCAAAGAAAGUUACAUCACGCGACCCGCGCUCACGUCAGCAGGGAAAGUGGUUGGGGCAGGAGAGCCAGGGCAUCACCACAAUGGCUACAACGGUGAGUUCCUGUCCCGUAGCAGGGCGUCAGAACUCUCUCCUUUCCUUGCCGCAGUCGCGUGAGACAGCCGUAGAGGUGUCGCUCGUGCAGAAUCUCAAGAAACAGAUUGCAUGUCUGGAGUUACAGCUACGCGUUAUGAAGCAGCAACAAGACGCGAUGGCGCGUAUGCAUCGUGACUCCAGUGCGCGUCACGACGCCGAGCGUGCAAAGACGUCGAGGACGACGUCAGCAGCUCGUCUCAUGAGUGUUGAGCUCCCCCUGCUGCAUGCAGAGCGCAUUCGCCACGCGGAUGCAGCUGCCGUAACUGUGAAGACACCUCAGUCCGACGACGAUGCUAUAGCGCGCAUGCGUGGAGUUCCUGCAGCGUACCAGACGGAGCGUAGCAUUCUUCUCCACAAUCUCGAAUCGCUGACGAAGGAUGUGGAGGGGCUGCAGGCUCUUGCCUUGCAUCUCGGGCGGGAGCGGGACUUGAUGGCGACUGAGGUUAUCGACUUCCGCGCUGCGCUGCGGGAGAUGAAGAUUGAGAAUGAGGCCAUGGCCGCUGAGUGCGCCGCCAUGCACCAGCUGUUGGAGACCGAACAGGCUCUGCGGCGUGCAGCAGAGGAAAGCGUGAGUCCCAGUACGAAAGGGGCCUCGUCGCACAGAAACAUCAUGACCGCAGCGGACGCUCUCAGUCAGCGUGCCUACUACAAACUGCAGGCGGAGCGGACGGCGGAGGCGCUGACUCUAACAAAGGCAAAAGUGCAUACGCUAUCAGAGGCGCUUCAGCGGGAGCGUGACGCAGCGAAGAUACUCGAGGCGCAGCUGUGUGGUGGGCUGGAUCGCAUUGCUCUGAUGGAGCGCCGCGAGAGUGCGUUGGCUCUCUACUACCAACAGCUGAGCGGCCGGUUUGUUACAAUCUCCUCCAUGCUGCGCCACGUGCUGGACGUCGUACCAAAUGAGCUACUGCAACACCAGCGCAUACCGUCGCCCGAACGCGUGCCUGCCAGUCAAUCAGCAGCAGCCGAAAUGACGAUGGCCGAGCUGCGUGAAACACUUGAUGCGUGGCAUAGCGAGACCACAGCGGUGAUGGCCAACGCACAGCACACAACAGAGACAAUCACCGGCGGCGCGCUGGCGCUUUUUGAGGCAACCACAGUGACAACAGUCUCGAUCACCAGUGACGGAGAUGACGAGCCGCCAUUCAUCAGCGAAGAAGCGGCAGUGACAGUUCCGCCUCCGCGGAUCGAAGUGGCGCAGCAAAGCGAGCCGCUGCCACCGCCGCUACACAACCCUUUUGUGGACGUCGGCGCAGCUGCGCAGAUGGCGGUGGUGUUGCAGGACGCGCAGAGGGGUGACAGACAGGACACACACAACCAAGGGGCUACCGUGUCGGUGCCGAUGAGGUCCGAAGAACUCAGCGUACCUACUGAACCAGACUCGGAGAUGAUGCCAUCGCUAGCGGCACCACAGAGAGCACUGCUGGCUGAAAAGACAUCGGUGGUCAACCCCACCGCCGUGUAUCACGCGGCGGAGAUAUACAAGUCAGCAGAGCUACCUGUUAACGAGAAGAGCGGCGCGGUGCAUGUUGUGUUUGCUCCUGCUGAACUCUUCGAAAAGAAACAGACGGCAGAAAUGACGCCCGAGAGCUCUUUGGCAGCGCCCGUCGAGAAGGGUAUUACCGCCGACAUUCCCGUGGACGCACCUUCGUCUUCUGGCGACACCUACGAGGUACCACCGGCGGCGGAGACCCCUUCCGGCAUCACACCACUUUCGCCAGUAACGCCGUCUCUGUAUGCAGCCCUGGCAGCGCACGUGAUUAGCGACAAUGGCCCUAUUCCGGUGCUGUCCUCCAAGGUCGCUUCAUUGGACGGCGAGGACACGCCGGCUUUUCAUCCGCCUCACCCUCUUACCUUUACGGCGACGGUCGUGCCAGAGGAGGAGUCGCCGGCCCCGACAUCAGAGGGAGGUGUAGCGAGUGAAAACGGUGUGCUGCCACAGGAGCCGCAGUCCACCGAGGCUGACAAGACGCCGCCAGCUGGAAAUCUCGAACCACCGACGACAGGCGAGCAAGUGAGGAGGGAUGCUGGAACGGAGACCGCAGCCGCAGGUGAGGCAGUGCCGGCUGUGGAAAUCGCCGUACCCUGUGUCCCACUUCCGCUGCUAUCCACUGUCACUCCACUUCAGGCACCAUCUCCGCCAAGGAGCACUUUGCCGCCAUCGCCGCUGGGCGUUGCGAUUUCACCUCCACUCCAUCAAGCCUUCCUCCCUGUGUUGCUUCCGCCGGCGCUGCCUCUGCCACCGACAGCCGCAAUACCGACCAGUGUUCUGCCGACCCCUCCAGUGCCACCACCCUUGGAGCAACAACUGGAGCUGCUGAAUGUGCGCAUUGACACGCAAGAGGCCGCGCUGGCAGAGAUGGUGCGGAGGUAUGGGGGGAGUUCGUGA